AUGGCCAACCUUCUCGUCGUCCUAGGGGCCCUGCUGCCCAUUUACCUGAUCGGAAGCGCCAUUAUCUCCCUCAAAUUCUCUGCAUUGUCCUCCAUUCCUGGUCCUUGGAUCUGUGCGGUCAGCCGUAUUCCCUACUGGCUUGUUUCGCUUCGGGGUGAGGACGUACAAUGGAUGAAAGAGCUACAUGACCAGUAUGGGCCCGUUAUUCGUUUUGGUCCUACAGACGUGAGCUAUACCACUGCCCAAGCAUGGAGUGAUAUCCAUGGUCCCAAGGUCACAGAGAAGGCGCAGGAAUUUUCUGUCCAGCCCAUCAAUGGCGUUCCAAGUAUGCUUACAACCAAUACCGAGAAUCAUACUCGAGUCCGUCGCCUGUUUUCCCCUGCUUUCUCAGAGCGUGCCUUGAAGCAGCAAGAGCCCCUUUUCAGGAAAUAUGCCAGUCUUCUUAUACAUAAGAUCGCCGAGGUUGGUGAUGAAGGAAAGAAGCCUGUCGAGUUUACGCAGCUGCUGAACUUCACCACGUUUGAUGUCAUGGCCGAACUCUGCUUUGGAGAGAAUCUAAAUCUUCUAGCUAAGAAUGAGUAUAGUCCCUGGGUCAGAUCUAUCUUUGAGUCCUUGAAGAUGCUGCCUAUUGCAUCCAUGAUCAACUACUAUCCCAUCUUAAAUGCUCUCUUUACUCGCUUUGAGCCCAAGUCUGUUACCCAACAGCGGGUAACGCACUGCAAGCACUCGGAGGAGCGAGUGAACCGCCGCCUCAAGGUCGGCUCUGAAAAGCCAGAUAUUUGGAACUUGGUCUUGUCGGCUGAUGAGGGCAAGGGUCUUACGCUUGAGGAAAUGCAUUCUAACUCCGAGUUGUUCAUGCUUGCUGGAUCAGAAACCACCGCUACACUUCUGGGUGGCUGCCUCUACAAUUUACUCAUGAGCCCUGAGAAGAUGAAAACUCUACGCGAGGAACUUGACGAUCGUAUCAAGACAGAAGAUGACAUCACAUUCGAACGUACCGCCGAAAUGAAAUACUUGAACGCCUGCCUGAAGGAAGCCUUGCGUAUCUACCCUCCUGUGCCCAUUGGAAGCCCCAGGGUUGUCCCCAAAGGAGGACAGCAAGUUAUGGGCAAAUGGAUUCCCGCAGACACGCGCGUAUCCGUUCACCAUUGGUCAACAUAUCGCUCCGAAUCAAACUUCAAGAACGCCGGCACCUAUGCGCCGGAAAGGUGGCUCAGAACGGAUCCCAUAUACGCAGGAGAUGCCCUGGAUGCGCAUCAGCCAUUCGGCUUCGGGCCUCGUAACUGUCUCGGGCAGAACAUGGCCAUGCAUGAAAUGAGACUCCUCUUAGCCACGGUUCUCUUCAGGUAUGACCUGGAGCUAUCCGACGAGAGCCGUGACUGGUCUGCUCAGAAAUCCUUCGCUUUAUGGAUCAAGAAGCCACUGCUGAUUCGGGCGACGCCCAAAGCGUAA